GAAUCUAACUAAUUAUACAGAUGGUAUAACACUUUUCCUCUCUUUCUCUGUCUCCUCAAUCGGCUCAUUUCCUGAAUGGGUUCAGCUGCGGAGGAGGUGCGAGAGCAUCUGCUAGUGGACGUGGACGGAGGGAUCACAGCAACAGCGGCUGCGGGCGCGGGCGCGGGAGCGGGGGCGGGGGCGAAGAUCCGGGUGCAGAACCUGACGAAGCGGUCGGAGGCGACGGGGGAAGAGAUACUGCGCGGGGUGAGCCUGGACGUGCCGGCGGGGGUGAUCGUGGGGGUGAUCGGCCCCAGCGGCAGCGGCAAGUCGACGCUCCUCCGCGCCCUCAACCGCCUCUGGGAGCCCGCCCCGGGAUCCGUCUUCCUCGAUGCCCACGACAUCUGCCGCCUCGAUGUCCUUGCCCUCCGCCGCAAGGUCGGCAUGCUCUUCCAACUCCCAGCCAUGUUCGAAGGUACCGUGGCAGAAAAUGUGAGAUUUGGACCUCAGCUAAGAGGAAAGAAGCUCUCGGACGCUGAAGUUCAGAAGCUAUUGAGCUUGGCAGAUCUCGACCCGUCGCUUGUGUCUAGGCCUGCGUCCGAGCUCUCUGUGGGACAAGCCCAACGCGUCGCCCUGGCCCGAACACUAGCCAACGACCCUGAGGUACUCUUGUUGGAUGAGCCCACUAGUGCAUUGGACCCCAUAUCGACGCAAAACAUCGAAGAGGCGAUCGUCCGGCUAAAGAAGACUCGAGGGCUCACGACAGUAAUGGUGUCUCACAGCGUGAAGCAGAUCCAACGGAUCGCCGAUUUGGUGUGCCUUUUGGUGGCAGGAGAAGUCGUUGAGGUGCUCCAUCCGGCGAAUUUGUCCCACGCACAACACCCGAUGGCUCGACGUUUCCUGGAACUUAGUUAAACACUUGACCGUAAUCAAAUCGUUAGCAUUGCGCUCUUUCUAUGGUUUCAUUUUAUGAAGAUAGUUAGUUGUUUGUGAUUUUGAUAGUAAGAUGUUUUUGAUAAUUCAAAAUGUAUUUUUUUACAUAAUAAAAAAAAAAAUGCAAGGUUUGUUUUUAGCCAUGAUUAUGU